UCGGUUUUCAAAAUGACGACUAAUGAGGACACUUUCAGUGUAUCGGAAAAAUUAGAUAUUUCCCAGAUAUUCGUCCCCGAGAUACCAGAAGAUAUAAUCUUUCCUAAUGAACUCAAUGCAUAUUUGAGGGACCAGAUACAGUAUUACGUUCACGAAAAUGGGAGGCUCAAGAAAAAUUUAUCGGACCUGGAGGCGGAUUGCGCAAAAUGUAAUACCAAGAUCACAGAUCUGGAACGCAGGCUGGUAGACUACGAGGCAUUACGAGGCAAAGAUGAGUUGGUCACUUCUAGCCAAGUGGCCAGCACAAAAAUCGUGGAACUCAGCAAAAAACUCAGAGAAAAAAACGUGCAGUUCGAGUCCAUGCGCACAAAAUAUUCCAAGCUAGAAAAGUAUCUCUACGAUUUGAAUAGAGAAAGAGAAAAUAACGUGACGAAAUUUGUAGAAACUGCGGAAAGGCCUGUCAACGAACUAGAAGAGCAGAUCAAGAAGUUGAACGAAAAACUGAAUGUAGUUACAAACAAGCUAUCUGAAACGAAAAACGCCAAUUUGCAAUUGAAGAAUGAUUUGAAACUUGCCAACAAGUGGCUACAACAAGAAAUUGGUGAAAAUUUUGAAAACAUCCAGUCUCUAAACACAACCAAUGGAAAUUGGAGGGGCAGAUCUCAGAUUAUAUGCGAUUUACAACAGAAAAAUAACGAUCUGAAAGAAAAACUCAAAACUGCACAUGAAAAGAUUAACAGCUCAUGCACUUUGGAGCAGACAGUUGUAACAACGAAGAGUGACAGCAGGCUGAGCAUUUUAUCUAAGGAAAACUCUGACCUGAGAGAAAAAUACGAAAUUCUGAAGAAGAAAAACGAGGCACUGAAAGCUAGAUGUAAAGUCUUAGAUUCCGAGCACACCCUGUACAAAUCCAAAUUCGGCAUGAUGAAGGAACAGGCUGACAGAGAUCAAGACAUGAUUUCCACGUUAACAGUACAGAUGGUUUCGUUAAAAACGGGAGGAAGCGAUGAGCUCAUGCAAAAACAGCGUGUCAUCAACAAACUGCAGAACGAGAAGAGGCAACUGUUACAAGAAAUCGAGGAAUAUAAAUUGGCGAUUAGGAAUUCUCGAGAAAAAAUUGUUGAAAAACAGGUAGCUAGCGAAAAUGAUGGAAAAUCUGAUGAUAGUUCACAAUCGACUGAAACACAUCAGAAAGAAGGCAACAAUGAAGAAACUGAGUCCAAAGUGGAAAAACUACUGAAAAUAAUCGCAGAGCAGAAUGACCGUUUGAAAAUGGAACGCGAAGCUCACGCAAAAACCCAGUCUCAGCUCGUAACAGAAAAGCAGAAGGCCGUGAAAGCAGAGGCGAUAGUGGCGAAAAUUCACUUGGAGGAGACUUCCAGGUCGAGCUACGGCUCGAUGACUUCUGCGUUGAGGCCGCUGGAUAGCUGUCUGAAAGACAAAUUGGAGCUGGCUGAGGAACGUCUGAAGGCUAUGAAAACGAGGCUGGACAUCGAGCAGUUCGAGCGCAAGAACGAUUUCAUCGAGUUUUCCGACAUCUUGCGCAGGUGCAAAAAUGAUUGUUAGCAUCAACUUAGAAUAAAUGAAUAAUGAAACAUCAAG